AUGAUGAUUCUGAGACAGUUAGUAUUGUUAAGUUUUGGAUUUUUUUUGGUUUGUGGGCAAAUGGAAGAAGCCCCUCCACAACCAAUAAUUAAUUCUACAACAACCUCUACCACCACAACUACAACAACUACAACAUCCACAACCACAACUACAAUGAAACCAAAUACAACAACAACUACAACUCCCAAACCAACCACCCCUCCUCCUAGUCCAACACCAACUCCAAAACCAACUUCAAAACCAACUCCUAAACCAACACCAACUCCUAAACCAUCCCCCACUCCUAAACCAUCCCCCACUCCUAAUCCAUCCCCUGCAACAUGGUCAGUAAAUUAUGUUGGUAAGUAAAUUUACAUAUAUGAUACAAAUCGAACUUGCAUUGUGGCUCAGGUAGCAGUACAAAUAGAGGUACCAAUGGGAAAUACAAGUUGGAAAAUUAAUUUACCGACAACCGCAAAUGCUUCUGGAGACUGCUCUCAAAAUAAUACAGAAGUUCUUGAAUUAAAAUGGGGAAAUGCAAACAUGAUAAAAAUUAGUUUUGAUAAAACCAACACAAGCAAAUUUGAAGUACAAAACAUGAGCUUUGCUUUGAAUUUGACAUUUCCUGGAAAAAAUGCAUCCAUCUACAAUUAUAACCACAGUAAAUGCGAGUUUACUGCACCUUUGGAAAAUUCCUACAAAUGUGAUAGGGUUCAAACUUUAAAUUUCACUGGGGUCACCGAUCCGACAUCUAUGGCAUAUUUACAUAUUAGUCAUGUUCAAUUGCAAGCUUUCCAUAACACUACAGGAACUCAUUUUAAUUCGGCUAUUGACUGUGAAGGUAGUUCAUCUGCAGAUGUCGUACCCAUUGUAGUAGGCUGUGUGUUGGCUGGAUUGGUGCUAAUGGUUUUGGUGGGAUAUCUGGUUGGAAGAAGACAUUGUCAAGCUAGAGGCUACCUAUCAAUGUGA